AUGGGUGCCGCUCAUCUGGGGUGUGCUGUGCGGUGCUGCUGCCUCUGGUGCGUGAGUUUGAUCAUGAACAAAGGAAAUUUUGGCAACUUCGAGUGGACCCUCAAGGAUGUGUCUAUGGCCGUCGUGUGCAUGUUCCUCUCUGGACCGCUCCUCACCGGCUACACUCAGACCAUAAACGACUGGUACGAUCGCGAGAUUGACGCUAUCAACGAACCCAACCGGCCCAUCCCGUCGGGUGCUAUCUCCGAGAGCGAUGCGGGUCACGACUUCCCCAUCCUGCUUGCUCUCUCAGCCGGUGGCUCGCUCAUUUCAUACAUCUACUCCGCGCCUCCUCUCAAGCUCAAGCAGAGCGGCUGGAUUGGCAACUAUGCCUUGGGAUCCAGCUACAUCUCGCUUCCCUGGUGGGCGGGACAAGCUCUCUUUGGCACGCUGACCUUUGACGUCGUGGUGCUCACUCUCCUCUACAGCAUGGCCGGGCUGGGCAUUGCUAUUGUGAACGAUUUCAAGAGCAUUGAGGGCGACCGCAAGAUGGGGCUGCAGGUGGGUGCUGGGGGCAGUGGCAGGAAGCUGGGCAUUGCUAUUGUGAACGACUUCAAGAGCAUUGGAGGCGACCGCAAGAUGGGCCUGCAGGUGCCUAUUGGGGGGUGGGUGGGUGCUAGGGGGCAGGUGGGUGCCGGGGAGCAGGUGGGUGCUGGGGGGCAGGUGGGUGCCGGGGAGCAGGUGGGUGCUGGGGGGCAGGUGGGUGCCGGGGAGCAGGUGGGUGCCGGGGAGCAGGUGGGUGCCGGGGAGCAGGUGGGUGCCGGGGAGCAGGUGGGUGCCGGGGAGCAGGUGGGUGCCGGGGAGCAGGUGGGUGCCGGGGAGCAGGUGGGUGCCGGGGAGCAGGUGGGUGCCGGGGAGCAGGUGGGUGCCGGGGAGCAGGUGGGUGCCAGGGGAGCAGGUGGGUGCCAGGGAGCAGGUGGGUGCCAGGGAGCAGGUGGGUGCCGGGGAGCAGGUGGGUGCCGGGGAGCAGGUGGGUGCCGGGGAGCAGGUGGGUGCCGGGGAGCAGGUGGGUGCCGGGGAGCAGGUGGGUGCCGGGGAGCAGGUGGGUGCUGGGGAGCAGUGGCCUUUGGUGUGGAAACUGCCAAGUGGAUUUGCGUGGCCAGCAUUGACGUCACUCAGCUAUCUGUUGCAGGUUAUCUCCUCGCCACUGGCAAGACCGUCUACAGGCUUGUGCUUCUGGGCCUCAUUGCUCCUCCUCCUUUGACUGGUCCCUUCACCUGUUCCGUGUCUCACCUCUCCCUCACUGUUGCAUCUUCCUCACAGAUCUCUUGUCACUUUGUCUUUCUCUUCUAA